GCUCGACAAGAACCACACCCGCAUCGGCACCGACGCGCUGUCGCGCAGGGGCCGGAAGGACGAGCUGGGCUCCGAGGAGAUGCAGGACGAGCUGCAGGACUUCUUCGACUUCACGAGCUCGACGCGGGAGGUGACCGAGCGCAUCGUGAAGCCUCAGCAGAAGGUCGCCUCGCUGCUGCGGUUUUUCGACGCGGACAGGGACGGCUUUCUCGACUUCGAGGAGCUGGGGCAGCUGUGGGCCGCGGCCAGCGGCGGUGCCCUGUCGGAGGCCCAGUACGCGGGCGCCUGCAGCAUGGCUGGGGCGGACCCGGGAGAGGGCCUGGAUGCAGAGGCCCUGGGCUCCCUGUACGCUGGAGGUCUUGCGGACCUGGACGCGCACUUCGUGGUGCUCCAGGACCUCCUCAUGCGCAAGCUGGCCGGCAGGAGAGGGGGCCGACGCGUGAAGGCCGGCGGCGCCACCGGCCUCCUCGGCAUCGCCAGGGAGAAGCUGGGCGAGGAGGAGGACACCGAGGACGACGCGGAGGAGGACGGCGAGGAGGACAGCGACGGGGAGGACGAGGAGGAGGACAGCGACGCCAGCGAGGGCAGCGCCGAGGUCCUCGAGUGCGAGGACGAGGAGGAGUUCCGGGAGGUGAUGCGCGUGCUGGGGCUGCAGCCGGCCACGCUCAUGGACAAUGGCGACCUGAGGCUACCCAACGGCCACAUCGCCGUGCACCGAGAGGUGGCGCACAUAUGGAAGCAGCGCGGCACCCGGGCGAGCCAGCUGGCCAUUCCAGGCGCCGGCUUCGGUGGCCGCAGCCGCGCAGGGCCGCUGGCGUCGAGGACCCCGCUGAUGCUGACGAACGGCGUCUGCCAGGUCGCGAUGUCCCACAGGGAAAAGGCGCGAGAAGGCAAGAGGAUCGUGGCCAUCAUGCGCCACGAGAACAAGAUGAAGACAAAGCUGGGCCUGCAGCAGAACAUCCUGCAGAAGAAGGCUCCCCAGAAAUUCCGCACCAUUAUGGGCGACAUGUCUGGCGGCCACUGAGCGUGCUCGCAGGGCUUCGGUCCUGGCCCGUGUCUGCUGCCUCUUUCGAUGUUCAUAUCCUGUCAUAGCAAACGGCCUCCCCCGGCAUGCCAUGUGGACAUCGCCUCGGGAGUGCCGAGUCCUUGUGCUGAUUCGCGGAACGUGUGAAGUAAGACAUGCUCCCGGUAUGCUUUCACAGGCGCCAGCUUCACCAGCUGGGGCUGUCUCCGGUGGUGUCGAGCUAGCGUUACUGCAAUCAUGUAGAGAUAGUAGCGUCGGCGGGCCUCAAAGAGGUGUCGGGCCAAGGGGGUCCAGAUGAGGAUGACGAC